GCAGUUUGUUAGUGUGUGUGCCUUCUUCAUUUGAAGAUUUGGGAUCCGAUUCGGGGAUUGCAGUUUUGUAAUGAGUUGGAAAAGUGGUGAUUGUGUGCGAAGAGUAAUUGUCUUGGAACAGUUGAGCACGAAUUGUUGAUUUUUUUCGAAUGGUGUUUUUCUUUUCGUGUUUGAUCUCGGGAUUCGGUGCUGCUGAAUGAGUUCCUUCGACAGCGACUUUGUCUAGAGGCUCUGGACGCACAGUUAUUGGAGAUUUCGAAUGGGCUGGAUGCUUGCUGUAUUUUUGAUCGAGAGUUCCGUCGAAGACACGGCUUCUGGUGUUUUUUAAAUCCCGAACCCUAAACCCUGUGUUGUGUGCCCCGUGCGUGAACGAUUCACUAGGAAUUGAAGGAUGGGAGAAUAGAGGAGAAGAUAGCUGCGAGGAUAACUGCAGAACGAGUGGUGACGUGGUAGUGUCGUCGUCAUGGAGGCGGUACCGCACAGCCAGGCGGAGCAGGUGGCUAGUUCCGCAAGCUCAGCUUCUGUUUUGGCUAGCGACGGAAAUCGAACUGAAGCAGGAGAAGCAGGAGGAGAAGGGGAGAGGAUUCUGGCGAAAGAGGAGAAAAUACUGGACCUGACUAGCUUCCAGCUGCACGAUUUGACGGACGUGGAUUUGCCUUCCUUUCUCGAGGAAUUGGAUUUAACAGCCAAUCGGCUCACUAGCAUUGACCCUCGAAUUUCCAAUCUUUCGCACCUUCAGAAAUUGAGCUUUGAACAGAAUUUGCUCGCCGAUAGUGCGUUGACUGAGUUCAAUCAGUUUACAACGCUAAAAGGUUUGAAGGAGCUAGUGCUGCGCGACAAUAAACUGCUCAAAAUACCAGGAUUGAGCACCUUUGUGGAAUUAUUAUUGUUGGAUGUUUCCUUCAAUAAAGUUUCGUCCAUGAAUGGCUUGUCUGAUGUGUCCUCGUCUUUAACUGAGCUUUAUUUGUCGAAUAAUGAAAUUGAAAAAAUUGUAGAGAUGGAGCAUUUAACGAAUCUUCGGGUUCUUGAGCUCGGCUCCAACAAGAUUCGGGUUAUGGAACGUCUUGAUCAGCUAAAAGAGUUACAACAGCUGUGGCUGGGGCGCAAUCGCAUUCAGAGUGUCAACUUGUGUGGGUUGACUGGAUUGUUAAAGAUUAGUGUGCAGAACAACCGCCUGACUUCAAUGGCAGCAUUCCAGGACUGUGUGAAUUUGACAGAAUUAUAUUUGAGCCAUAAUCACAUUUCCGUAAUGGAAGGACUCUCUACGCUCCAGAAUCUUCGUGUGCUGGAUUUAUCGUCAAACAAAAUUACAGAAAUUUCCAAUCUUGAAGAGCUCAUCAGGCUGGAAGACCUGUGGCUAAACGACAACAGUAUUUCUUCAUUGGAUGACAUUGAAAUGAAGUUGGCAGGGUGUAAAAACUCUCUAACCACAAUCUACCUGGAGCGAAACCCCUGUGCCCUUGAUCCCAAGUACAUGCGCACAAUGAGAGCCAUUCUUCCCAAGCUGCAGCAGUUGGACUCCCACUUGCUUCUACACUAGAACGUCACAAGUUAAGCAUCUUUUGCAAAGGUUUCUUCGUCGCCUAAACGAUUUAGGUCAAGAUUGACACCUGAGUAAUAUUACUUCGGUAGGUCAGCCUGUGAUUCAUGCAGCUUCGAAUAUCGCACUAAUUACAUUAUUCGUGUACCAUGUAUCAGGCUUGAGAUUAUUAACUCUUCUGUGUUGGAAUUUAUAAGAAUUUGGUUGAAUAAUAAUUAGGAUGAAACAGAUAUUGGUAGUGCUGUAAUAUCAGGUCAUUGUGAUGUCGCACAGAGCAGGAUCUCAUACAUGUCAAUAUCAAGUGACAGAUUUUCAUCAUGGGAUUUACCAUGGUCUAUCAAAGGGGGAUAGUAUGGCCUUUGAAUCUGCUUCUUAUUAAAAAGCAUGUUGUAAUGAAGUGCCAGGACCUAUUUGAGAUGCUGCUCUGAAGGGCCCUUCCCCCCGCUACCACUUCAUGCACCCAAGGCUACUCACACAGUUAACUGCUGACAGCGGACUGUGUCCAUUUUUUUAAUUAUAUAAACACGCUAUUGUGCCUGUGUGAUUUAAA